AUGGCUGAUUACGACGAUCUUUAUGUGGCGCACUACGGUCAUCCCAGUCUUCCUGGUGCUAAGCACUGGGCAAUUGUGGUCAUGACGAAGCCUCAGCAGCUGACUGGAAUCGCCUACCAGAUCAGCGGUUCUGCUUAUACGUACAAAGUGAAAGACGCAGAGGAGAUCAGUUUGCUGCAUUCAAAUACAUACCUAGGACGAGUCAGAGUCGGCAAGAUACCCAGGGGAUGGGAGCAUGGGAGCGGGGACAGGACUUUGCAUGCCAUCCUGACGAGGACCCAAGUUGUCAGAGGGAACUUGCAAUGGCACUGUCAACAUUGGGUUGUCGCGGCCCUCGCACAGUUGAGAAAGGCCGGAUAUGCCGUUGAUGAUCUUUCUUUGCAAGAUCUACAGCAGAAGCUUCACACUGUACGGAGGGAGGAUCAGUCGUAG